GACUUUCGACGCCGGAUACGAAAUAACGUCCGGCAGACCGUGGUACCAUCUGCAAGAAUUGUUCCUGGGUUGUUGACCCGCCAUGUACAUGCCUGCUACGAACGCCGGUGCCCUGGCGGGCGGCUCGUCGCGCGGGCUGCUGCUGCUGCUCGGACUCUUCGAAAUCGAAGGUUGCUCGUCGUCGUCGUCCUCCUCGUUACCGGGCUCCGGGACCGGCUUCCGGUAGCCGCGAUUCACCAGGAAACGUCCCGCGAUCACCAGAGGGACCGCUACGCCCAGCCACAGCAACAGCCUUCGACCGGAGCAGCGCAUCGUUCUCUUGUUUACACGGGACGCGUUUCUCGAUUUUUCCACGCUCGUGGUCAAGGAAACGUUCUUCCAUAUUCCGUGCGCGAUAGAUUCAUUGAACCUGUGCCGCCUACACUGCUGUUCUAUGCGGAAAGGGCGAGACCGCCAAUUACGGAUCGAUGCGGCGCAAGCGUGCCGGCGAUGCCGACGGGGUUUCCACCGCCCGCGGAAAUGUUACGAGCAGGGCCACCCUAACCACAGAACUAAAUGGGUUGUAACUUCGGGGCGCUAGCCUUUUGGGACGGUAAUGCGCAUUUUUUUAACCAGUUAAUUGCGCUGGACGAGUAUACGCGUCGUCUUAAAGAUCGAAAUGAUAAUCAUUUCUUUCACGAUGAAUUAGUUAUUUUGUCGGAUACACAUGUAAUUCUUCUUCGUUUUGCUUUAGCUCUUCGUUGGAAUAUAUUAUAUGUGGAUUCGCCUUGCCCAUUAUUUACAUAUGUGUAGUGGCACCACGGCAUCAGAUGUCCUCAUCCUUAAAUUAUAUUGUUAAAAAAGGAAUUACUAGUGGAAUACAUGGUCUUGAGAUUAACUGAAAAAUAAAUCGUCAAAAACAGCUGUGAGGAUGUUUCUUAACCUGUUAACUUAAUUUAAUGGAAUUUAAUUUAAAAAAUCUCUCGUUCUCUGAAUAACGAAAUAAAAUGAAGUGUGUACUUGUCAAAAGCAAGAUGAUUGCACCUGGGGUAUCUUCCAAUGAGAAACCAAAGAAAAAUAAAGAAGAAUUACAUGUUUAUCUGGAUAAUUAAAGAAUUCAUCGUUGAAAAAAUUAGUAUCAUUUCAAGCUGUAACACUUAGACAACCACCUAAAAAAACUAUAACUACAACCUCUUUCAUUAUCUUCAAUUGAACUGAUUCCAUUAAUUUGGUUGAAACUUUGUUUUGUAAAAACAAGAACCGUAUUUGACAAAUAAUCUCAAUUCAAGACUUACUAAACAAUAAAAUAAAAGAUAAACAAAAUAAAAGGCAAUACAUUAUUAAGUGAAAGGUGGGAGAUCUCCCCAUUCGUUUGGCUCAGUGUGAAGAUGACGUGUAUACUCGUCAAACGCAAUUAACUGGUUAAGUAUUGCCACUAAAAAUUGCAGCGGUGAAAGGUCUUUUUCAGCAGUUAAAAGAAUAAAAAAUUAUUUACGCUCUUCUUUGGGGCAGUGCAAAUUACAUGAUUAAGUAUUUUAUCCAUAGAGAGUGAUUUAUUUAAUAAUUUAAAUACGUGGGACAUUGUUAACCAGUUUACCAAAGAAGAAGAAGAAUGAAAUAGUCAAGACACUAAUACAAGUCGGCUCAAUCCUUUCGGACAAUCAAAUAUGUUUAGAAUUAAAUAACAGAACAAUAAAAGAGAUACAUCUUUCCAUCAUUUACACAUUUCUAUUACAAUGUUACAAUUUCCAAUAUAAAAAUUUAAUAUCAUAUAAUUUGUUCACUUGCUAUAAACAAGAGAAUAAAAAUUACCACCACUCCGAACAUUAGCAAUCUUACAAUUACUCCCCAACAAUUUUGUGAACUUAAUCUGACGUCAGGAAUGCGAACUGUGUGUAAUGAUAUUCGGAUAUGAACAACCUACUAUUAUUGCAACUACGUUCAUCAGGGGUGACAAAUUAAUAAUCAGCCACAGUCAACUUGACCGUCGCCGAUGGACGUGCCCCUUUUCCCAGCGCCACCAACCCUCAAGGGUGCACCUUCACCCCUUAGUGACGUGGUGGAUGUUACGAAGUUGACACGUGCUCCGCUGCCCACGGUCGCGUGUCCUCGCAGGCGACAUGUACCGAAAGAACGCAGGACAAUCGGGAUUCACAGGAUACAACGUUCCGCCCGAAAAAACAUCAUUCACCCGAAGCCGAAGGAGCACUUACGGCGCCGUGUCACCGAAUUUCGUAUAACGAUGACGGAACGAGACCGCAACGACAGCGACGACGACGAUCACGAUGUAGUUUAUACGAUCGAUACACCUACAACGGUUUCGGAGGAACUUUCUUCGCAACGUAAAACGUCGAUAGAGUUUAGGAAAUCAAUGAAAUCAGUUGCCAUUCAAACUAUAGUUGGUCUACCAUUACGAUUACGGACUUUCCCCUCUGUUAAGGACAUCGUUGAAGAAGAUUCUACGCAUCCAACCAAUUCGAAAAAACCUCUGAAAAUAUGGAAGCAUAUCAGAUUUUUAGGAAGACUGUCGCUUUCUUUGUUCGGACUGACUUGGUUGCUUACCAUUUGGGCUAUGGUAGGUGCGGUCGCGUUUUGCGCAACCGAGGGACCACGCGAGCGUGAACAAGUUAUAAAACUGAAAAAUAUGCAGAAAAGCUUGUCGGUCGGUUUAGCGACGGAAUUGAGGCAGUUGCGCACUGAAAAAGAGGAAGACUUAGAACCCCUUUGGGCUGAUAAGGUGCGCCAAUACGUGGUGAAACACGAAGAAGUUCUAUUGAUGGCAUUUAGCGCCGGAUACGGUGAAAAUGGGAACAGCGGACAACUUUGGACUUUCCCUGGCUGUGUACUGUUCUCUAUCUCGCUGCUCACUACUCUAGGUUUCGGCGCCCCGGUACCGCGUACUACAGCUGGUCGGACAGUAACUGUCGUUUUCGCGGCGAUCGGUGUGCCCGCACAUUUUCUGUUAGUUAUGAAUAUUGGUCUUAUACUAGCAUUGCGGUUUCAAAGAUACGCCAUAUCCAGGAAAAAUGCUAACUGUGACGAAGAACUGAAAUAUAUGGCACCGGUUCCAAGAUGGGUCAGAAUAGUGCCCUUCGUUUGUGUAGCCACUUACUACUUGUUGGGAAUUCUAUGCUUCGGAGUAGCUAGAUCAAGGCCGUUUGCAGCAAGUAUCCUAUUUCCUCUAGAUUUUACUGCUGCCGGAGGUUUGUCAACAAUACUCGGUUACGUACGAAUAUUGUACGGUCUUUAUCUAGAGGGUGCAGUUGCUAUUAUUGCCAUUGCACUUGCUGUGUUGCGUGUGUCAGCUACUCAAAACUUGACUCAUAUCGGUUUGAAAUACGGCUUACUCAUCGAAGCUUAAACAUAUUUUCAUUAUAAUCAUUUUAUUCACAUAAAAAGAUUUUAAUUUAAUUCACUGUUACGUGAUUUUAGAAAAUGUAUGCGCAUCUUCUUACUCUGACCAAAUAAUGUUCACAAUCUAAAAUACUGUUGAUAUUUAAUACAAAUUUAUUUACUUUAUUUAAAAGGAAUUUAUAUAAAUUUGUUUUAUAUUUGUAUAGAGUGUAAGAGAUUAAAUUAAAUUAAAAUAAAGAUCUAGAGAAAGAAUAAAACGAUGUUCGAACAAUGUUUUUAAAAGUUAGUUACUACUAUUAUUUAAUUUAUGUAAUCAUUAGAACUGUUCAUGUUUUUUAAAAUAAAUUCUUUUGUUAUCAAAAAAAGAAAAUAAAAAUA